AAACGAGUCAAUGUAGACAUGGCAUUAGUGAACCCUUCCCCUUUUUUUUUAUUUUACUUGCCAAAUAAAACAAGCCUGUGGUAGUGGCAAUAGUUUCAGCGACCGGUGUUUCUUUUUUUGUCUUAUAGAGUCUAUAAACAGAGCGGGGGAGCAGAUUUUGAGAAUAAACAAAUACAAAUUUGGAAAUUUGAAAAAUGUCUGAAAAUCCUUACCAAUCUUUGCUGCUCAACAUAGCAGAUCAUUUUGUUGAAAACAUUCCAACGCAUGAUACUUCGGAACAGUAUCGCAAUAUAACAACAUUGAUACGAAUACACAAUGACAAGCUGGCUAAAUUGGGCGAAUGUAGCUUUUCGUGCAAGCCCGAAAUAUGGUCGAAAUAUUUUCCUGCCUCUGAGGGAUACCAAAUUGUGGAACAUGCUUUUGAAUUGCUGAAUGAAACAUCAGAAGAGAAUCGGCAAGAUCUUUUGAAUGAAGCAAAAGCCUGGAAUUUCCCAGUGGCAAAAUUGGAGAUUGAACAAGAACGAUGCCACUUGCAUCUGCAAAGAAGUUGCAUUAUGAAAAGCCUGAUACAACAGGUCCUUUGCAGCACAAACAUGUUUGGUAACAUGCGAAAAACGCAAAAGCGAUUUGUCCGCUUGAAGCCUUUGCAAGAAUAUGGAUUAAGCUACCAGGAUAUUUCAUUUUAUAGAGCACAGAUUGUACAUCAAACUUUAAGGAGACUCUUGGUGCUUUCUCAGUGGCCCAUUGUUGACGAUUUAGCCGACUGUCAUCCGGUCAUGGACAUUAACGUUUUGAGUGUGGCUUCAAAGGUUUCCCAGGAAUUUGCACCGGAUGUCUCAGUGACCAUAAAAUGUGGCUUAGUAACUGAUCCCUUAAGAAAAGGACGUGUCUGCCAACUACCCACCGAGGAGUAUUUAAGUCUCCGUUCCAAUAACAUGUGUUUAAUGGCCUUACAUAAAUAUGGGGUACGUGUAAAACAGGACGCCCGUUUCUGUGCUUUAAUGAAGCGCUUGGGAAGUGCAGCUGUCACAGUUGACCUAUUGGAAGUGAGAAACUCAAGUCCUGUACAGAUAAUAAGAAAUGGUCAGGGAAGUACAAAGGGUGCUUCAUUUAUUCUCUACAAUUCCGCAAGAUUGGAGUCGUUGCUGAGGACAUUUGAAGAACGAAUUGAUAGGAGGAUCUACGACCCAGUGCCAGAAAUAAAUGAUAUCGAUUACAGUUUGUUAAAAGAAGAGGAGGAAUGGCAAAUGGCUUUUGCCUAUUUAGCUGGUUUUCCCGAUUUAAUUGACCGUUGCCUGGAACAGUUGGAUCGAGGUCUGUGCGCCACCCAUUUAAUUAUAAGAUUCCUAAAUGGAUUAGUGGCCGUAUUUAGCGUCUACUAUCGAAGAGUACGCAUUUUAACGGAAAAGCGUGAACAAUUGAUGCCUUACGUAUAUUCUCGUAUACUUCUCAUACGAGCUGUACGAGAAAUUCUCAAUAAAACUUUAUCCUUAUUAGAUAUAGAGCCAGUAGAGUUUAUGUGAAUUCACAAAUGUGUAGUUUUUUGUUUUAGUUUUGUUUACCAACCUCAAUGAAUUGUUGUCAUUACUUUUAAGUUGUUUUUUGUGUUUAAUUUAUUUUCAUUUAUUUUGUUGAUGCCUUAUGGAUAUGCUUGCAUACUUCCCAUACGAGCUGUAUGUGAAAUUCUCAAUAAAAAUGUAUCCUUAUUAAAUACAGAGCUGGUAAAGUUUAUAUAGAUUAAAAAAUGUUCUU